AUGGGUGCCCUCGUACCACUGACACAGGCGCCAUCCCAAGUGUGCGUACGCUCGCCCCACAUCCUGCAGCGCCGCGUGUGCCGGAGGUGGGAAUGGCUGACGCCAUUACCGCUUCUCUUGCCACUGCUGCUGGCCGUCGUGGUGCUCCUCUCUUCUCUUUCCGACGCUUCAAUCUCUUCGUGUCUCUGCCGAAGCAACACACGUGGACAGCGCCUUUGCCGUGAUGUGCACCUGAUGCUCAGCAGCAGGGAGCUAUUCUACAAUAGCAGCGAGAUGGACAGGUGCGUCGCACGACCGCGCGCCAGCUCCGUGCCCGGUGUACUGAUGGCGCACGCUGCUGCAGCGGACUCGACCGCAGGUGACGGUGAUGAGCUGGCGAGCGACGCCGACACGUGGGGAACCAUCUCUAUGAAGAGAACGCUGGACUACGACUCGGGGCUGAAGCCAUUCAUGACACCGUGGCGCGAGGUACGUCUCGCUCUGCGAGAUGCGGGCUGCUUUUCGACGCUUGCACUGCCGCGCUUGACGCUGCCAACAGACACGGCGGGUCCUCGCCUCAGCGACGUUGCCCCGGAGUCUUCCCCAACCCUUCCUCCUCUGUGCCGCAAGCCACUAGUGCUGAUGAGCGGCCGGGCGCACGACUGCCCCAGCUGCUCCAGCUUUGUCUCCGACGUGCUGGAACACUACCGAGCAGAAUGGGAGUACAUACGUGCUCACGUGACUCUCGUCGACGCUGGAGAUCCGAUGACAGACGAGCUGGUGCGGAACCCGUACCCGCUGUGGUACAACUUGACUGAAGUAGGGCAGUUGCUGACGCUCACAAAAAUGUCUGAAGUAAGAAAGGCUGAGGACGACGUCGCUGCCGCUUCGUCUGGUGAGAGCAGCGCCUCCAGGGCUUCCCCUCACGACGUAUCCCAGGGGUUACAGCAGUCGGAAGCCGACGACUUCACUGUCUUUAACACGGGCCUCCGCCACAAAGCCGCCCUCCUCCUGCAGUCUCCAACGGUACAGGCCACCCAUCAGUGGUCGCGGCUCGUAAAGCGCGCAUUCGCUGGCCAGUCUGAGUAUGUGCUGCGCAUCAUCUUUGUUUACCCGCACAACGCCAGCGUCAUGCGCGAUGUCGUGAACGAGGAGGUCACCGUUGACGGAAGUCAAGCCGACUAUCUGCACUUUUUCAGCAAAGCCAAGCCCUUCUUUCACUCUGUGAAAAAGGCGGUGCGGGUAAUGGAGUGGCUGCUGCGAUACGGGUGA